CGAAUUCUAUUUUGCCUCUUGAUUGGCCCAUUAUUAGUUGUCUCUCUGCCUCAAUAAUGGCCUUAUUCUCUCCAAAGUCAGAGCUUUUGUUCUUGUUCUUCUUCAUCUUUUCUCUAUCCUUCAAUCUUAGCCAUUCAAAUAAAUAUGAUGAUGUUCAUGAUCUCCUUCCUUAUUACAAUCUCCCAAAGGGUCUUCUCCCAAACAAUGUGAAAUCAUACACUGUUUCCACCAAAGACAGUUCUUUUACUGUACAACUCACACAUCCAUGUUAUGUACAGUUUCAAGAUCAGCUUGUUUACUACCAAAAAGAUAUUAAAGGGAAGUUGAGUUAUGGAUCUGUGUCUGAUGUCACUGGAAUACAAGCAAAGAAGUUGUUUGUAUGGGUAUCUGUAACUGGGAUUAGUGUUGAUGAUCAGUCUCAGAUGAUUGAAUUUCAUGUUGGAUUUUUAUCUGAAAAAUUACCAGCUAAGGAGUUUGAGAAUAUUCCUACUUGUACUAAUAAGAUUAAGGGUUGCCAACACUCUGCCUUUGCUUCAAUAUGACCAGGACAAAUGGAGCUCUGAGGUACUGUUAUGAGUCUUGUGAAGAAUGAAAUUGACUUGUCUUGAUGAAUAGUCGGUAUUUGGAGUCUAUGAAAUUCUUCCUUAACAGAAACAGAUGAAGGGACUUCUAUCUUUCGUGGCUGUUUUUCUUGGUUCAGUAUUUCCUUCUCAUUUCUCACACAUCUAUGAACAAACGAAAUAGCACAUUUCGAUUUAUAAUAAUCUUUUGAUCACGAA